CUCUCCUUAUUAGCAUUACCCCUUCACUCUUCACUGGAAAAAACCCUAAACUUCUGAAUACAGAGAGAGCCGCAGAGUUUGCGCAGGAAGAAGCUCUCAUCCAGAGCGAAAAUGACUUUCAAGCGAAGGAACGGAGGUCGUAACAAGCAUGGACGUGGUCAUGUCAAGUUCAUCCGCUGCUCUAACUGCGGCAAAUGCUGCCCUAAGGACAAAGCUAUCAAGAGAUUCCUUGUGAGGAACAUUGUUGAACAAGCUGCUGUACGUGAUGUUCAGGAAGCUUGUGCUUUUGAAUUGUACACUCUUCCUAAGCUAUAUUUGAAGAUGCAGUACUGUGUUUCAUGUGCAAUUCACUCCAAGGUGGUUAGAGUCCGCUCUCGUACUGAUAGGAGAGUUCGUGAGCCUCCACAGCGUUUCAGGCGCCCAAGGGAUGAUCUCCCAAAGACAGGACAAGCUCCACGCCCCGCUGGAGGACCCCCUGCUGCUCCACGCACUUAAAUUAUUAGGAUUCAGGUUUUGGUUAAUCUGAUAGUUAUGGCGUGUUUUACAUGUGGUUUUGACAGUGUACUGUUUUCAUUUAGAUAAUGGGACAUAUUACCAUGUUAUGGAAUUAAAUUUUGAAUGGAAACCAGAUAUUCAAGUUUUCUGAAUGGACGGCUUUUAAUUUGUGUUUCUGAUAA